GUAGGGAUUUAUUUGGUUUGGAAGCUCGAGCUCUCCAAAACCCCGCCACACCUAGCUUUCCACCUUGCAUCGACUCCCGCCAUCGACCACCGCUGCUGGCCGCGAGCCGCGUCAUCAUGUCGUUCAAGGUCAAAGCCCUGUAUGACUACGUCUCUGGGCACGAGGACGAUCUAGGCUUCAGCGCCGGGCAGAUUAUCACCGUCACCGACGAAGAGGAUGAUGACUGGUACGGAGGGGAGUAUAUUGACGACUCUGGCAAUACGUGCGAAGGCAUCUUCCCGCGAAACUUCGUCGAGAAAUAUGAGCCCACCGCUCCGCCCCGCCCGACAAGAUCGCGCCCCAAGCGGGAGCCCGAGGCUGCUCCAGCGCCCGUCCCCGAGCCUGCUGCCCCGCCCGCUCCGGCGCCCGCUCUCCCCGCUCCCGACUCUCCGAAACAAGCUGCGCCGGAAGCCGAGGAAAUACCAGAGCCAGUAGCUCCCGUCUCGCCACCGCAGACCUUCUCUGCAUCUCCCCCGGCUCCGGCGCCCAUCGCAGAGCCUCCCUCGCCCAAGCCGGUGCAGCCGGUGCGAGCGCCUGCUCCCGCCCCCGCUCCUGCGCCGCCCGCCCCACAGCCCGCCGAGGUCCCGUCUGCAAACUCACCGCCUUCCCCAAAGCGCGGCCCAUCGUUUCCCAAGCCGGGUGGCCCACCUCCCGUGACCGAGAAGCCGAGUAGCAACUCGUUUAAAGAUCGCAUCGCGGCAUUCAACAGAGCCGCCGCUCCGCCGAUCACCCCCUUCAAGCCCAGCAACUUGAGCUCUGGGGGAACCGGCGGCUUCAUCAAGAAGCCCUUCGUUGCGCCCCCGCCUAGCAGAAAUGCCUACGUCCCACAGGCGUCGCAAGCUCCCGUCGCAAAGAUCUACCGCAGAGAUGAGGACCCGGAGGUAAAAGAACAAGAGGCCGAAGUCCUCGAAAAUGCUGGCAGAGCGGGCCUCGUCCCCACGGGGUCCACAAAUGAAGGCGAACCUGCCGAGGACGAGCCUAAGCCCAUGAGCCUGAAGGAGCGGCUGGCCUUGCUGCAAAAACAGCAGAUGGAGACGGCUGCCCGCCAUGCCGAGGCCGCAGCGAAGAAGGAGAAGCCCAAGCGGCCACCCAAGAAGCGCCUCGAUAGCCAGGACACGGUCGAAGGGGAAACUGUUGAGCGGACUGAGGAGACAAGGAGAACCUCUACCGACGAGGCUCACCCGCCGCGCAUGGCACAUCCUCCGAGGCGUAGGUCCUCCAAGGGAGCCGAACCCCGUGACGGAAACGAGGCGGAUAUGUCCGGAGCCGGCGAGACAACCGAGGGCCAAGAGGACCUCACCGAGAAGGAGGACAGCGAUGGCCGAACUAAACACGUGGCCACGGUAUCUAAGCAGGAAGAUAGUAGUCGGAGAGAGGAAGAGGACGAAGAGGACGAAAAUGAAGAAGAAGAAGAGGAGGAGGAGGACGAGGAGGAUGUGGAUCCCGAGGUUCGGCGCCGAGAGGAAUUGCGCGCGAGAAUGGCAAAGAUGUCUGGCGGCAUGGGGAUGCCCGGGAUGGCCAUGCCCUUGUUCGGCGCUCCUGCCCCAGCGCUGCCAAAGAAGAAGAAGGCCGCUGCCGAAAAGCCGGUGGAGGAGGUUGAGGAGCCUGUCUCGCCGGCCACCCGGGUGGCCCCCCCUAUCCCCCUCCUUGGGCUGAUGCGACCUCCUAUCCCUACGGAGCCGAAGCAGCCCGAGUCGGAAGACGAGGAAGAGGAGGAAUCUGAUCUCCGAACUCCGCAUCAGGAGGCUGCUCCGUCAGUACCGCCUACGGAACAAGGAGCCCCCCCUCCUGUCCCUGGCGGAAGACCGGCUCCGCCUCCUGUUCCUGCGGACUCACGUCCGCCGCCACCGCCUCCAGCCACCUCGGCGGUCAAGUCGCCUAGUGAAGGAUCGAAAUCGGAUGACGAGCUCUCGGAGCGACCUAACCCGGAGUCUGAUGCUCUGAGCGGCGAUACGAACCAGGUCACCAGAGCUCCGCCGCCGCCGCCACCCGCAGCUGCUGCCCCGCCUCCAAUUCCGACGUCACCACGCCCGUCGGUAGACAGUCGUACGUCCUACGUUGAACAAACCCCUCCACGAGAGUCCGCGUCCAGCAAACGGAGCAGCAGGCCGCCACCGCCGGUUCCCGGUUCCCCUCCAGCCCUCCCGCCUGCUCAGUCAAGGCCGCCUCCCCCGCCCCCUUCGGCUGCCCCGCCACUGCGGCGAGUCUCGACUGGUGACCCCAGGCCUCCGCCGCCCAUCCCUGCCGGGCGCAGGAAUAGCGACGAAGGUGAGGACGAGGAGAUCACCGAGUAUGAGGGCGACUAUGAUACGGACAUCGCGUCUUCGGUUCCUCACAAAGAUGCGCUCAAGGCGCACCAGCGUGAGUCGAGCUUUGAGGAUGUCAUGUCCCCGAGGUCCCCAACUACAGGCGCUCCUCCGCCUCCCAUUCCCGCCGCAUCACCCCCGAGGGCAGGUCCACCUCCUAUCCCGAGCCAGCCUCCCCCGGAGACCCGGAAAUCGGUGGAUAUGCCCCGAAUGGCCCCACCGCCUCCCCCGCCGCCCAAGGAGACACCUCAAUAUGACGACGACUACGACCCCUACAACUAUACCUCGUCUUCGCAGGCCCCCCCAGCGAUGCCGUCGUACCCGAUGCCAUCACCCUCUCCGUAUACGAGGCAGCAGGAUGAAACGUUUACUCAAGAGGCACCAUACGGCCAGACUCCGAGGUCCCCUCCCCCUCCUCCGCCGCCCGGCCGGGCACCAGCACGGCAGUCCGUCGACCUCCAGCGCGCCGGAAUUGGCCGCCGGUCUGUGGACGUUACGCGCCCAUCGAUGGAGUCCGGCUUCGUUGCUAAUGACAUCGACCUAGCCAGCCAGUCGUCCUGGUGGCUGCAGCAGAAUGGCCUCCCUCCUCAGCUCCACGGACGCAAAGAUAUCUUCUUCGAGUCCGAGGAGUCGAGCUCUGCCGACUCGCACAAAGGUGGCAAAACCAUCAUUACUCGCGACAUCUACGUUCUUUUCCAAGACUACUCCCAGACCGUCAUCACCGUUCGCUUUAACCCGCAAGACCCGUCAGACGUGCAGCUCGAACAGCGCCACGAGCCGCCUCCACGCGCCCUGCGCCAGGAUCAGCUCGAACAAAGCUACGACCGCUUCGGCCGCGCCAUCGGGGAGGCCGUCACGUCAAAGAAGGACACGGUCGUCGGCGACGGCACCCCGCAGGCGCUCGUCUACGAGCUGCUCCGGCCGUUCAAGGACGCGCUCCUGCCCGUGGGCACGCGGGCGUACGGGGCGCUCGUGUACAGCAACCUGGCCAACGCGAGCACGACGCAGAACGACGAGAUCCGGCCGGGGGACGUCGUCAGCAUCCGCAACGCCAAGUUCCAGGGCAAGCACGGCGCCAUGCACGCCAAGUACUCGGUCGAGGUCGGCAAGCCCGACCACGUCGCCGUCGUCGCCGAGUGGGACGGCACCAAGAAGAAGGUGCGCGCCUGGGAGCAGGGCCGCGAGAGCAAAAAGGUCAAGCUCGAGUCCUUCAAGCUCGACGACCUCCGCUCCGGCGAGGUCAAGAUCUGGCGCGUCAUGCCCCGCAGCUGGAUCGGCUGGGAGUCGGGCGGUGCUGGUGCUGGGGGUGGUGCCGGUGCUGGUGGAGCUGGGAACUAGGAGGCCCUGAUGGGGUUGCAGAUGAGGGAUUUGAGGGGGCUUGGUGUGGCGGGGGAGCUGGUUGGGGUGUUGGUUAGGGUUGCGAUGGGGGUUGGCGGUGGGGGGUACCCUUGAAGUUCAGUUUGGGUGGUGGUGUGUGUGUCUGUCUGUGUGUGUGUGACAAAGUUGAGUUGGGUUGGGUUGGCUGGAGUCUUAUCCAUCAGCAGAGCAAAGCAGUGCAAAGUGCAGAGCAUCCGCAGUUGAGUUGACGUCGUUGAUCAUACAUACGACAACCGCGCUCGGCUUGACAAGGAUGCUUCUUUUAUCUACUAGUUAGUUGUUUGCAUUACGUUGUUUAUUCCUUGGUGUUUUUAUGCGAUCGGCUUUUGUUCUUGUCAUGGCCUGGUGUGUCUCG